GCACAAGCAAGCUGAGACUGAAAUUUCGCCACGGAAGUAGUACUAGCAUUACUGGUGAAGAAUUGGCGAAUUUGCGAUCUGCGAAAGAACCAGCGAGAAAACGACGGAAUCUGAAUAAAUAAAGAAAGGCGACACGAGUGCCCCGCUACAAAGAGGGGGACAUGUUCCGGCGUUUGGAAUCGGAAUUUGUCUUGCCUUGGGAGGAACAAGAACAAGCCAAGACAGAAACGGAAUAAACGAGCCGUGCCACUUUUGAGAGGAAGCUAAUUUUGUUGGCUUCUUCUUCCUCCUCAGUCAUUACGCUUUCUCGGCGGUUUCCGUUGGCUGCGAGCUAAAGCCGGAGCCUGCCACCCUAAUUUUAGCUCCUCCUUGUCCAAAUUGGAGGUUACCGGAGGGCGAAUCGUAGCCCGGUUCGGCUGUUCGGCUGGGUUUGGCUACACCCCUCCUCCUGGUCUGCUCGAUUCAGGCCAUGGAGAUAUGGCUGGCAAAGGACACUUGAGCCGCUGAUUGGGUUCCCCUUGUUUCUGCCGUUCGCAUGCGGCAGGAUUCAGAUGUUCUUUGGCAAGGUAGGUCAAGUUAAAGGAAGAUGCCCAAGGCAGGAGACUGUAGCGGCGGCGGCGGCGGUGGCCGGAGGGACCUGCCUCUGCUUUUCCUCAGGGUGGGCGCUGCCAUCACGCUCUCCAUCGCUGGGCUCUUCUUCUCGCGGCUGCGGUGGCAGCGCUGGCCUCGGCCCCGGCACCUCCUGCUCCCUCCUCCUUCAGAGCCAGAUGAUGCCCGUGGCAUGAAGGGUGGUGGUGGAGGGCUCAAGGAUGAGCUAAGGAUCCUCAAGAAUGAGGACACCAAGGCGAAAAUAAUCAGUGGGAACUCUGUGCACACAACCACUACCACUACAACGACCACCACCACUGCCUCGAUGUCACUUCCCCCGAAAUGCCGAAACAUUGAUGAUGAUGAUGAUGAUGAAGGAUUUCUCCUUCCAGAAUUCAAUGAAAUGGUUAUGGAAGAAUUUGGCAGAGACAUAGGCAAUAUCGCAAGCUCACCUGCAGCGAGAGUAAGGGAAGAUGCAUCUAAUGAGCAUGAAAUUUUCAAGCUCAGAGAUUUGGUUAGAUCUCUGCAAGAAAGGGAAAAGACCCUGGAGAUACAACUUUUGAAGUUGUAUGGUUUGCAGGAGCAAGGUGCUGCAGUUAGGGAGCUUGAGAACCAACUGAAGAUAAGCAAUGUCGAGUCACAGCUAUACUCCUUGAAGAUCGAAUCCUUGCAAUCUGAAAAUCAGAGGUUACAAACACAGUUGUCUGAAAGCUCAAAGUUAACUUCGCAGCUUGAGAUGACAAAAUCAAAAUGCAAGCUGUUGAAAAAGAAGUUAAGACUGGAUGCGGAACAAGCAAAGGAGAAAAUCACUUCCCUUCAGAACAUAGUUGAUUCUUUUCAGUGUAAGGAGAUUAUUGAGGGAGAAGUUGAUGGUGAGGCUGAGAAGAAAUUAAAGAGGCUAGAGGAAUUGGAAAAUGAGGCAAGAGAGCUUAGAGCUGCAAAUUCAAGGCUGCAGCAGGAGAAUUCACACCUUAGUAGGCGAUUGGAGCUCACACGCCUACCGCCUGUACCCAAGUCCCACAAUAGCAUGGAGGUAAAAACAUCAGAACAAGUUGAUGGGUUGAAGCAAGAAAACGAGAAGUUGUCAAAAGAGGUUGAACAACUGCGGACUGACAGGUUUGCAGAUGUUGAGGAGCUGGUAUAUCUUAAAUGGAUCAAUGCUUGCCUGCGGCAUGAGCUGAAGAACAAGGGGACUCCUGGUCCUGGGGCACAAACUACAGCACAGGAUCUAAGCAACACCCUAAGCCCCAAAUCUGAACAGACAGCCAAGCAAUUGAUAAUGGAGUAUGCCAAUGUUGGUGCGGACGAGAGAAGUUUAAGCUCCAUAGAAUUUGGCUCAGAGUACGCUUCUUCAAGGGCAUCAUCAAGUGGCGAACCCGAUGACACAUCGACCGACAUGUCAUCAAUCACAACGCCCAGAAACCCGAAGAAGAAAGAGAAGAAGAAGUUUUUCUCUAAGCUACGGAAAUUGGUACUGGGAAAAGAUAAGGAAAAGAACAAUUUCCCUACUUUGGAGAGGAGGGUGUCUAUUUCGAGCUGUUCCUUUGAUGACUUCACUGGAAGAGAGUCGCAUGAUAGCUAUUCUUCCUUCUUGACAGAAGGAGCCAAUCAGCAACAUGACGAUCGCAGCUGCGGUACGCCUUCUUUUGGCAGCCAAAGAUAUAGCACAGCUGAAGCAGGAGAUGGAAGAUACCAGCGUCAUGGGGUAAAAAAGAAUGCAUCUUUCGGAUCCGGAAGAUUCAGUGAACAUGGUUCUCAGUUUGAUAGCGGUGAGGCCACAAUACCAGAAGACGUCGAGAUCCACAAAUUCGCCGAGGCACUGAUUACAUCAAGGACAGGUUCUAUGUCAUCCAGAAGGACCUUAUCCUUCAGCUAACUGAUAAAACCAGUAGCUAGGAGUCAUGUGAUGCUGACCAUCUGUCUGGAUGUAUAUUUUUGCCAGAUCCUGAUGGUGAAGUGAUAGGAGAUGUUACUGGAAUGAAGUAUCCAACACUUCAUUAUGUGAAAUGUACAAUCAUGUAUAAUAGUAUAGUGCAAUAACCUUUAAUCUCAAUCUUUGCCAUUCA